UAAGGUUAGUAGUGGGAAUUAAACUGUUAGAAAAGGCAAUAUGGCCGUUCACUGAGUCCCUGGUUCGUGUAUACGUCCGUUACAUUACCAGAGACAAAGAAACAACGCAGUAGUUGAAAAAAAUUUGAUUUGGCGCGUAGUCACAUUAUUACGUGUAUUGUCAUUACGUUUUCGUUUUUUAUUAAUAAAUAAAGGGCAUAACAAUUAUAAACAACAUUAACAAAUAAAUUAAUUAAUAAUGCUGGAACUUGAAGUUGUGCCCGAAAGAUCCAUUGGUUGUGAGCAGUGGGAAUUUAUUUUAGGAAUGCAUUUUUCUCAAUCGGUAUCCAUAAUACAGUCACAAGUGGGCAUUAUUCGUGGAGUACAAGUUCUUUAUAGCGAUACGAAUCCACUAGAAGUAGACCUAGUAAUAAAUUUACCACACGAUGGAAUACGGCUUAUAUUUGAUCCUAUUGUUCAAAGGCUUAAAAUUAUUGAAAUAUACAACAUGAAACUAGUUAAGCUUAAAUAUUGUGGAUUACCAUUUAAUUCGCCUGAAGUAUUGCCGUCUAUAGAACAAAUUGAACAUUCAUUUGGUGCAACUCAUCCUGGUGUUUAUGACAGUGAUAAACAGGUUUUUGUGCUCAAUUUUCGCGGCUUGUCAUUUUAUUUCCCAAUUGAUUCCAAGUUUCAACCUGGUUAUGCCCACGGAUUAGGUUCUCUACAAUUUCCGAAUGGAACAUCACCACUAGUUGCUAAAACAGCUAUUUAUGUUGGUAAUAUGGCUGCUGGAACGGUUGGAAGUGAAGAACACUGUCUGAAGGCCCCACCUCCACCACUGCCUUUGGUUUGUUAUCACAAUAAUUUGUAUUUAGAAAAAGCAGAAAUUAUAAGAGACAAAGUGCGAACGCGAGGAUUAAAAUUACAUCUAUUUACGGAAGGAAAUUCAGCAACGAGAGUUUUACUGGAACCAAAAAAACAUAAUCUUAUGAAAGAGGUAUGGUUUGGAGAUUACUGUGAAGAUGUUUUGAGUGCACUCGGAGCACCUUCACGUGUAUUUUUUAAAGCAGAAGACAAAAUGCGAAUUCACAGUCCGCAUGCACAUAAAAAAGAUAAAACAAGGCGGUCCGAUUUUUUCUACAAUUAUUUUACUUUGGGUCUGGAUGUUCUAUUUGAUGCAAAAACACAAUGUGUUAAAAAAUUUGUAUUACAUACAAACUAUCCAGGACAUUAUAAUUUUAAUAUGUAUCACCGUUGUGAGUUUACUCUUACACUAUCUCCUGAAAAUAAUUUCAAUGAUUCUGGUAAACUUAUCGAUGUUAGCCCAUCUCCAAUCACGAUCACUGCCUAUACGAAGUGGGAUAAAAUAAGUGAGCAGUUAAAAGCAACUGCUCGUCCAGUAGUAUUGAAUCGUGCGUCUUCUACAAAUACGACGAAUCCUUUUGGUUGUACUUUCUGUUAUGGUAUACGCGAUGCCAUAAUUGAAGUCAUGGCAAAUCAACACAUAGCCAGUGUAACUCUUUAUUCAACUGCGUGACCUUGGUAAGCAGCUGCAUUUCAUAAAACAACUAUUCAUAAUAACUUCAACAAAAAAAAAAUAAAUAUAUGUAUAAAGCGAAUAAAUUAUUCGAUAAUAAAAAAAAAUAUAAACGUUUAAGAAUCUUAAAAAAAAAUCAAUAACAUAAUCCUCAAAAUAAUGAAAAAAAAAAAAAACGAUCUUGAAUACUGGCAUUAAUAAAUCAACAAUCUAUAAUCCUUGAAACGGAUUUGUAUACAAACCAG